AUGUCUGCUCUCGUCUGGUGCACCGCGCUCCGCCUCACCGGCACGCCGCACCACAUAGUCCUCAUGACAGCCAUGGACGAACCCUUCUUUAAUCUCCCCAUCCUGCACCACCACUUCGACCUGAUCCUCCCGGUGGCGCUGGUGCCGAGCAAGUACGGCGCGAAGCACUUUGCGAAGCUGCAGGCGUGGCGCAUGGAGCAGUAUGAGAAGGUGGUGUUCAUGGAUGUGGAUGCGAUGGCGCUGGGGAGUUUGGACUUCAUGUUUGAGAGAGAGGAGCCCACGGCUACAAACCCUUUCCUACGCGUGGCUCAACUAGCCAUCACUAGCAUACUCUCGCCGCGACCUACGCCGUCGCCGCCGUUCCCCCCCCCUCCCGCCGCGAUUACGCCUUCCUCGCCUGCGGAUUCCACCGCCGCGAGCGCAACGCCGCUGUCCCCUCCUCCCCCCCGCCGCGACCCCCUGUCGCCGCCUCCCCUUCUCGCCGCCGCGCCUGAUUCGGCGCCGCCUGCGCAUCCUGCCGCCGCGACGCCUCGUCGCCGCCUGCCCGCUGCCCGUCCCUCCGCCGCGACGUCACGUCGCCGCGUUCCCGCCGUCGCGCCUGCUACGGCGCCGCCUGCGCAUCCUGCCGCCGCGACGCCUCGUCGCCGCCUGCCCGUCCCUCCGCCGCGACGUCUCGUCGCCGCGUUCCUGCCGCCGCGCCUGCUUCGGCGCCGCCUGCGCAUCCUGCCGCCGCGACGCCUCGUCGCCGCCUGCCCGUCCCUCCGCCGCGACGUCUCGUCGCCGCGUUCCCGCCGCCGCGCCUGCUACGGCGCCACCUGCGCAUCCUGCCGCCGCGACACCUCGUCGCCGCCUGCCCGUCCCUCCGCCGCGACGUCUCGUCGCCGCGUUCCCGCCGCCGCGCCUGCUUCGGCGCCGCCUGCGCAUCCCGCCGCCGCGACGCCUCGUCGCCGCCUGCCCGUCCCUCCGCCGCGACGUCACGUCGCCGCCUCCCCUUCCCGCCGCCGCGCCUGCUUCGGCGCCGUCUGCCCGUCCCGCCGCCGCGACAGCUCGUCGCCCCCUGCCCGUCCCGCCGCCGCGACCUAA